AUGCGGAUCUGUCAACACCAGAGAAAGGUGGCGCUGUCACUCGGUCUCGUGGCCUUCGGGAUUCUCGUUCUCCUUCGCAGUCACGUCGCGCCGCUGUACGAUGACGUCAUGAUCAGGUAUGACGUCACAAAGGAAAGAGAGCGGGGAGUGGAUGUAAUACACAGGCGUGAUAAUGGAACGAAACAUCGGGACACGCAGAAACGAAGAAGUCAAUCAAUCGCAUCAGAAACAAAGUCACCGCUGGAGCAAAUCUCCAAACCUACAGUUACCAACCAUGAAAGUAUCGACCCCGAUCAUUCUUUGCCAAAACAAUGUCUCAUUAUUUCUAUAUCCCACCCCAACCAGACUAAGAACGAUUCUGAAACAUGCAAGAAAACACGCACAAUGACAAUUCUUGGCGGCGGUCGUCUUGGUAACGCCAUGUUUCAAUACGCGUCCCUUGUUGGGGUCAGUAGUUUCCAUGGUUACACAGCAACUCUGGCAAGCUCUCACUUUCUCAGAAAAAUCUUUAAACUUAGCGCACCAGCAAGCAAUUAUUCUACAGCCCCAACAGACGCCGUGAGGGAGACGCACCCAGGAACAUUUGACCCCGGGGUACUGGUUCUGUCUCAUAACGUCAGCUGGGUGUUGGUGGGGUAUUAUCAGUCAUGGAAAUAUUUCACCAAUAUCCCGGAAACAAUAAGACGCGAGUUCACAUUCCGGGAUGACGUCAUUAAGGCUAUGCUGAAGGAAGUGCCCGUUCUUGCCAACUGGACACGAAUAAAAGUCGGAGUUCAUAUCCGUCGAGGUGACAUGGCGACCAAGUAUGAGCGAAAUCGAGGCUAUAAUAUUGCUGACAUUGGAUUUCUGAACAGGUCAAUGGAUUACUUCCGGAACAAGUACAAGAAUCCGUUGUUCAUUGUGUGCUCUGACAGUAUCACGUGGUGCAAAGACAACGUUAAGUCGGACGAUACUAUUUUCAGGAAAGGUAAACCUGAAGUGGAUUUGGCCGUUUUGGCUCACUGUGAUCACAAUAUAGUUACAUCCGGGUCGUUCGGAUGGUGGGGUGCGUGGUUGGCUGGGGGCGAAGUUGUAUAUUUCAAACACUUCCCGCGAGAAAAGACGUGGCUGGACAGACAGUACAACAAAGGGGACUACUACCUCCCGCAAUGGUUAGGGAUGGAGUGA